ACCAAGACCAGUGCAGACAGAUGUACGGGAACGGGAACGUUUAUCCUGCUACCAGUGGAGCAUUCUUAUCAGCGCGUGCUGUCUAACGCUGAUUUAAAUAUAUAUAGAUUCCAGAGUUCCUCUUACUGAGCGCACUCAUCUGUAGUGCAUCCCCGACAACAUCCACAUUAGUGCUUUUUUUUAUUUUCUUUUAGAGGAGCGAGAAUUUACACCACAAGCCAAACAGCCUAGGGAUUGUAUACUGGGCUGUGUUAACCCCGUUUCCCAGACACACACAAAAGCCACGCUCCUGCAGGUCCACCUGGAUAAGCUGAGGAAGCCGUCCGGUCUCGGUUUGAGGUCCAGGAGGGAGACGGAGUGGAGAAAUUAGCGCGGAAGACAGGAACAACAAAGAAGCAGGCAGGAUGAACCUCAAGAGUCAUUUGAUUUUCACUCUCUACACUAUUUAUGGGAUUCUGCUGAAAGUGAUGGCUUCAAAAGGCAAAGUUCGAGGUAUCAGUGGUCAGUAUCCUCUGGUUCAAAAUGUCACCGUGACACAGGGCGGAACGGUAAACCUGACCUGCCGCGUGGAGUAUAAUGACAACACCUCCCUCCAGUGGUCGAACCCAGCACAGCAGACCCUUUUUUUUGGGGACAAGAAAGCUUUAAGAGACAACCGGAUUGAGCUUGUGCGCGCCACAUCGUCAGAGUUGACCAUCAGCAUCAGCGACGUCACACUGGGUGACGAGGGCCUUUACACCUGCUCUCUCUUCACCAUGCCAGUCAGAACAGCCAAAGCUUACCUCACCGUCUUAGGUGUGCCAGAAAAGCCAGAGAUCAACGGCCUGACAAAGCCAGCCAUGGAGGGGGACCACAUCACUCUGACCUGCAUCACUCAGGGAAGCAAGCCCGCUGCCGACCUCCGCUGGUUCAGGAAUGAGAAGGAAGUCAAAGGUGCCAAAGAGGUGAAUGCAAGUGGGAAGACUUUUACGGUGCGGAGUUCUCUACAGCUACAUGUGGACAGAAAUGAUGAUGGCGUGGCCUACACCUGCAGAGUAGACCAUAUUGCACUCGCACAGGCACCCCAACAGGCCACCGAAGUACUGGAGGUCCACUAUGCUCCUCGUGUGGAAAUUAUUAAAUCAACAACUGUCCCUCAGGAGGGCCAAAACUUAAAGCUGGAGUGUUUCUCCAGAGGAAACCCUUCACCGGAUCCUGUGAUGUGGACGAAGGACGGUGGUGAUCUUCCUGACCUUGACAGGAUAACUGUCGAGGGGAGGGAGCUCACCUUUUCUUCACUCAACAAGACAGAUAACGGGACCUACCGCUGUGAAGCCAGCAACCAUCUUGGGACCAGCAGUGCUGAAUAUGUACUCUAUGUGUAUGACGCUCCCACCACCUUGCCUCCAUCCACCACACCCCCCCUACAUCCCAUCCCUCCAGAUCCUACUGUUCAGUUAAGCACCCACGCCUCAGACCCCACAGUCACUGGCAGCAGAGAUCCCAAUGCGCUGGGGCAACAUGGCACCGACCAUGCCUUGAUUGGAGGAGUGGUGGCUGUAGUGGUCUUUGUCACCUUGUGUUUAAUCAUUGUUCUGGGAAGAUACCUGGCCAGGCAUAAAGGAACAUACUUGACGAACGAAGCCAAAGGAGCGGACGACGCACCCGAUGCCGACACAGCCAUCAUCAACGCUGAAGGCAACCACGCACACGCAGAGGAAAAGAAGGAAUACUUCAUUUAGACUGCAUAGGGAGCUGUGCUGCUCUCUACAUUUUCUUUCAGUCCCUCUAUUUCUUAUAGUCUCUCUCUCUCUGUCCCCACUUUCGUCUUCACCUGUGGCCACUGCCCCCUUUGAGUCAACACAGCCCGCAGGCAGAGAUGUUCCCCUAGCUUUUUAUUAUUAUUAUGUCCUCUGGUUCAGCAUUUUCCCAUAUUACAUUUUUACAAUUUUUUUUUUCCUUUUUGAGAGAUUUUUUUUAAAUCUUCCACAUGCAGUUUGAUGCUGCUCCUGAAGCUCUACUUAUUCUCACAUUUUUGCUCUUCUAGUGACACAAACUCCUGGAAAUCUAUAUCUCUGCCAUGGCUGCUUCUUACGUGACCUCUUGUUCACCCUUUUUCCUGUUUCCCACCAAGCAGACACGCUGCCACACGUUGUAUCUCAUGCCCCCCUCACAUAUCUCACGUCAACACGGUGCCUAAAAAUACAGACGCCAUCGAACUUCUUUCAAUGCCUUCAUGUGUCGCCUGUCAGUAGCAAUGUAAAUGCUAUAUGUAGAUCAUUUCAUUGCUUAGUUCACAGCUUUUAAUUAUACAUUGCGUCCUUUUUUAUUUGAAUGAUCUGUGCUGUUUACGCCUUAUACGUGUCUAUCACACUGAAUAUGGUACUUUUAGAUGAACCACUGCGCCCGACUUCCCCAUCCCCUCUGAAUAAACUUGUAAUUAAGCAGUGGACCCUUGUAAGAUAAGACGAAGGUUUUGUGUAACACUGUAGCAAGGUCCGUCAGAUAAGUGUAUAAUAUGAUUUUCACUAUUAGGGUAGGAGUAAUAUGGGUUAGUGCAGUGUUGUUUAGAGCAAAGACCCACCAAAAAUAUUUGAAAUAGUAGAUGAGGCUACUUGCUAAAUCUGCUGUCCCUGUGUACUUUACUCUGUACAUCCCUGCACCAUGCAAACAGCAGUUUAGUGAAACAUUUUAAACCCUAUCUGGACAGCUUACAAUAGUCUGUGUUUUACAUUAAUGGUUCAGAUGUACAGAAAGAAAUCUCCACAUCUCAAAAUCUGUAAAAAUUGUAUUGAAAUUCUUUUAACUUUUCACAUUUUAGUAAUUUACUUUCUGUUCAUAUCAUAUUAGAGUCAUUUUGCAGCUUAAAGGCCUCAUGAAAUGUACAGUGAACAAUUUAAGGUUUCUGUAAUAGCAAAAUAAAACUGUAGCAGUGUGUCUUGGUGUCAUCCUUUUUGGACAGCCAAAAAAAAUAAAACCCUACAUCUAUUGAUCUAUUGAUCAAUAGAAUCUAUUAAUAGAUCAAUAGAUUCAAAUCUAUUGAUGCCCCAAUAGUUUGAGGUACAGACAGAAAAGAUAAUAUAUUUUGACUAUGUGGGAUACGCUAAUGGACGUCUGUCCAUUGGUUUUCAUCGUAAACAGCUGUAACACCCUGUAAAUUAGUUAUAAUGUCCACCUUUAAUCUUUAGGUUUCAAUUCAAAUAUUCACAUCAUCAGUGUAGAGGUUUUGGUGAUCCAACACUUUGUCUUUUGGUUAAAAGAUGGCUAUUAGUUUGCUAGUUCAUCCCAUUGGAUUCAAAUAUUGUACUAUAAAGUUGAUCAAAAACAAAAAGACAUCGGCUUUUCACUUGUAAAUUAUAAAUCCUGUAAUAUAGGAGACAAUGAGUUGCAGGAAAAAGCAGUAAUGCCUCCAUCUUCAUGCACGCCCACUACUUGUUUCCUCACUCUGUCAGUGAGGUCAGCUGACCUUGUAGCUUAUCCUCUAAAACAGGAUAAACUACAAGGCGUUGUAGAUGCCAGCGUGCGAGAGCAGCAGCUCGUCUGCUGUUUAUGCAAACAGAGGAAGCCUCAGGCCUUCCUCUGAUGCAGAUUAUAUCGAUGGGUUGGUCCAAAUGGUUUUCCACUUGGAUCCGCUUCCUUUGAGGAUGUCUCCAGCCGGCACUCACUGAGAGCGUCUGUAAUCAGAACUGUGACUAUAAUAAUAAUAAUAAUAAUAAUAAUAAUAACAAUAAUAAUGGAGGAAGGGGUUGCGGUCUCCGAAAGAAAUUGAAGUGAUGUCCUGUAACUUUUAGAUGUGCCUCUGCUGCACCAAACCUGAUUAGAAUAAUUAGGUCAUUAGCAAGGCUCUGGAGAACUUAUCUACACAAGGAGGAGGUAAUUAAGCCAUUUCAUUUAAGUGUUUUGUACCUGUGGCACAUCUAAAAACUGCAGGACACGGCUCUUGAGGACUGGAGUUUUAAACCUGAGCUCUAAAACAAUCAUUCUUUUACCUUGCUCAUAUUCUUGAAAUGUAUCCUUGUUGAAAACUGAAGAAAGUUAUCAGUUCUUAGUAGGUAACUGAUAAUGAUGUUUGGACUGCCACUGUACAUGUUAUGUUUCACUAGUUUUUGAAGAGAAAACUGAAACUGCAUUAGUGAGUCUUUUUAUUUUCCAUUUAGUCAGUCACAGUUCCAUUUCAUGAGGUCUUAAAGCAAAAAAAUGAAAUUGGAGAGAAAUGUUGAGAGUGCUGGCUAAUAUAUCUGCUUGGGUCCUAUUUCCAAAAUGUAAAAACUGGAGGCAAACAGAUAAGCACAAAAUUUGACAGAAUGAGUUACUGUGUUCCUUUGCCAACAACUAAAUUGCCUUGGGAACGGUUCUUUUAAUCUAAAAGGUAAUGGAAAGAUGAAAGUGAAUUUUUUUGGAAAUGUAAGCUAAGUAAUUUUUUAUAUUAAAAAAAAAUCUAAUAUUGUUGGUUUAAAAUGUAUCCCACUCCCUGUUAUAUAUUGUGUCUGCUAAAAUGUGGUUGACUGUAAAAAAAAAUGCUGUUAAAUUCUGGACUCCUUUAUUCCUUCAAAUGUAUAUUUGUCACUAUUACUUUCAUUUUUAAGAAGACUUAAAAAAUUAUGUUUUGUUUUUGUGCAAAGCAUGUACAUAAUGUGUAAGAACAACACUUUGGUACUACACAUUAGCAUGAUUUUUGUUCUUUUUUAAAACUUUUAAUUUAUUUAAACUAAAGUUGUUGACCAGAAAAUCACAACAGAAGUACAUUAAGCUUCACUUGUUUUGGUACUGCAGGUCUGAAGAAUAAAAUAUUAUAAUAACAGUCAAGUUUAAUGAUAAGUCAUCUAAAUAUUGGCACAAAUUGGUGUUAAAAUGGCUAUUUAUAUGUAAUAAUAAAAGAAAAUAUAUAAUUGCUUAUAUACCCAUUGCCCAAAAUGAAAACUACAACAUAUUGACCACUUUAUUAGAUAUACUUGUUUAUUUAGUUAACACAAAUACAGCAUAUUCACAUAUAUCACAUGGCAAAACUUCUAAACACUUGGAUAUCUUUAUGUUGUGAAGAUGUCUUUUUGAGGUGCAAACCUAGCAUCAGAAUGAGAAAGAAAAUAUUUAUUAGUUUGAACGAGGGAUGGCUGCUGGUGUCAGAUAGGCUGAUUAUUACAAAUUGUUGAUCUACAGAGAUUAUCAUACUCAACUUGCUGAAAAUUUUGAAAAUGAUUAGCAAAUAGUAUCAUUUGUGUGAAAAAAGAUCAAGUUGAUAUGAAUGCCUGGAAAUAAAUGGACACACUAAUGUGAUAUAGUAGAAAGGCAAAAGUUGCCCAAAUAACCACCCAUUACAAUAAAGGAAUGCAGAAUAAUAUCUCUGAACACUCAACAUGUUGAGCUUCAAACUUUGAACAGAUGAGCCACAGUAGUAGAAUCCCAUUCUGGGUGCCACUCCUGUCUGCUAAGAGCUCAAAACAGGCAAGAAAUCACAACUUCACCAAAAUUAGAUGAUGGGAGGUUGAAUUGCCUGGUCCAGGGAAUCCUAAUUUCAAUUGCAAUAUUGAGAUGGUAGGAUCAGAAUUGCAUCAAACAACAUGAAAACGAUAGACUUGUUCUGCCUUGAAUAAACAGUUCCAACUGCUGCUGGUCUAAUGUCAUGGGGAUACUUUUUCUUUGCAUCUGUCAAUUCUGUUUUUGUAUUGUUUUAAAGGAAUUUGGCUGACUUAGUCUCCUGUAAAAGUGUGAUAAAAACCAACAGUAGUAAUCUAUUUGGAUGAAACUAAUUAUUACCAAUGGCAAUAAAAAUGUUGGCCCUGCUAUCUCCAGUUUUAUGGCCAGUUAACAACUUUAUGCAAACAUGGUUGAAUGGCAAACUGUCUUGCUCUGUAUGGCAAUGUUGGACUUCAUAACUGGAGAGAAUCGCAUGUUAGAAAUCCUUAGAUCAAUAUCAGCAUAUUUUCUUGUCACAGUGUAUGUAGGGAUAAAUAUUUUUUUAGGUAUUGUUAAUUACAUUUUUGUUGUUUUACACGUUUGUGCACUUCAACUUUCACCAUGCUGUUAACAGAUUUGACUUUGUUUUAAAAAGCUCUUGCAGUUUCUGCCAAUUUUUUGCAGAAGAAAUCAUCUAUAUAUAAUACUCAUAUUUUCUGUUACGUUUCAUCUGUGUACCCAUCUUAGAAAUGAGAAAAGUUAAGACAAGAUAUUUAACAAAUGGUCUGCAGUGAUGAGUUGGUGUUGGCAUUGGAAAAGAAAAGGUGCCAUUUACUGAAUUAUGCACUCUGGCCGUUACAAUUUGAUGGAUAUUUCUUAGUAAAUGUUAAAAUGUGUGUGUGGGGGUUUUUUUUUUCUUUAGAAACCAACUGUAAAUAUUUGGUUUGAAAUGAAAGUAUUGAGUUGAUUUAUUGCAAUGGCUUUUUAUAAUCAAUAGACCAAACUUAAAUUUUGUUCAAUUCUGUUUUGAUGUUUUUUGUUUUUUCCAACAGCUUAGCUCAUGCCACCAUUCGCCCCUUUAUUAUACAGAUCCAAUUGUAGCUGUUCCUUUUUUAAUUUCUUCUUCUUUUUUAUGUUUCAUGUUAGUUGAAGAAACUAAGCUUUAAAAACAAACUAAUUACCCAUUUUGUGUUGGUUUGGUAAGCAAGAUUAUGGGCUUAAAACUCCAUUAUUAAGAUCACAAACUUGUACAAUUGCAAUGUCAUGUUCUUUAAGUGGCAGGCUAUUUUUUUUUUUUUUUUUUUUUUUGGUUCUCUAAUUUCCUUGUUUAUAGCAACCCCGUUUUCUUCUGCUGAAGGUGUGCUUGGUGCGGGUGAGGUUGUGCAUUUAUGCAGAUUAAGCAGCACAAUCCUGGCUGCAAUUUUGGCAGGAAAUUGCUCGCAAUUUUAUGACCAAUUUUCAUGUUGGCAGGGACAUCUACACACCAGUGGAAAUUUACAAAAAACACCCUUUUUUCCUCUUUUGUUACAGGUCAUGUUGUUCAUGGCCUGUACAGAUUUACAGCCAGGUAAAAAAAAGCUGUUUACCUGAAGUUAAAGAAUUAGAUGAGUUACCCCAGUAUUAUUUUAUCUACCAGUUGAGAAUUGUCUGCCAAAUAAUCAAACCUGGAGCAGAAUAAUGUUUGUCCGUUUCUGUGUGGGUUUGUAAAAUACACCAGAAAAGAACAAGUUACUCUCUAUUAGAGAGCAGAUGCUGAAUCGUGUUUUGUAAAGAAAACUCAGCCUGAAAAACUGGACAUUAUGAUAAAUGAGCUAGCUCUUUAUGAUUUAUCUGUAUCCACUUCCUGCCUACCUGCUUCUUUUAUACUUUGGAUUGAAGCUAAUGUGUUUUUAAAGGGUAAUUUGGCUUUUUUGAAGAGAUGUUUAUGAAUGUUGCUAUCAGUAAUAGCUCCCAUAACUGUACCAGAUAGAGUUUGUUGGUAGUUUUAAUGGAAGCAAACAAGUUUUCAGAGCAAUGGAAGGACAACGUGAAGUCACACAAUAUGUUAUUGAUUUAAGAUCACCCAAAAUAUUUUUUAUACAGUCCUUUAUCAGCCAAACAGCUUUCCUGUUAUGACUCUGACGUUAUAUCAGUGUAAUCAUUCCUAAUUGCUAAAAUAAUGGUGUGUCCGACAAACAAGAGCAUGUUCAGUGUGAGGUCUUAUAAAUUGGUCUAAUCAGUUAAAAUUUAAAGUUUUAAUUGCAGCUUAACUUUUAGCAGAACAACUCAAGACAGACAUCUGUCUACUGCAGUUAGGGGAACUAGCACUAAUAAUAAUGUCACAGAAUGACACAUAAGAAAAUCUGAAUUAUCCUUUUAAAAAUAUUGCAUUGUAACUGGACCAAAUCCAAUGACAUUCUCUUUCUCAAAGUCCCCAACACUGUAGAUUUGACUCAUAACAGCAUAUUGAAUGUUCAUAUAAAUGAAAAAUUUUUAUCAAGUCACUAAAGGUUGAUGUGAAAAUGAUAUCUGUUCUGAAUCUGCUUAUUUGACUCUGGUUUUAAAUAAUUCAGGAUUUUGUUUUGACACAGUUUCCAUGCCCUGUCUGGCUCUUCAUAUGCCUUUGCUGUACAGUUUACCUUCAAUCCAGCUCUUUGUACCUCCUGAAAUAUCAAUGCAGACAUCAAUAAGCCCAGUUUCUAUAUUGCCGCAUUGAUCACGUGUGACAUAAUCGCAUGUAGUGAUGUGCAGUUAUUAUUUGUAUCAGUUUUGUUUCUUUUGCAUCUCAGGAAUAUAUUUCAUUUAGGAUUUCUUUUCUUUUUUUUUUUUUUUUUGGUGGUUUCCUGUUUUAAAAUGGGGACAUGUGAGCACUUAUCACUCUACUCGCCCCUGUAUGCUGACACCAUGUAUUUGUUUAAGAUUACCACGAUGUUAAUAAAAUUAUUCAGUGAUUCUUCAGUAA